GGAAACCAGAAGACGAUUCAACGACGCCACAACCCAGACCUUCCUGCUAUAACGACCUCACGCGAGCUUCUUUUUCUUUCCGGGACAUGUCAUAAGAGCCACGAUCCGAACCCUACAAAAUUCAGAGUCGCAACCAUGGGCGCAGGACAGUCCAAGCAGGACGACUCGGCCAAGCAUGUCUUCACCAGCGACACCCCGAUCCAAUUUUCGCAAGAGCUCAUCGACUCUCUCCAAGCUUCAUCAGAAACAAACUCGACACGAGCAAAGACGUUAGAACUGCACAUCGCACAACGAGUCGCGGCCGAGCUCGAAAAGAUCAAACAACACGAAUCUUCGGCGGUGGAGGAAGCGCGCAAGAGGAUCGCCGCGGCCGGGGAAGCCCUCGGUUCGUCAUCGUCGUCUGACUCCUCAUCCUCGGGCAACUCCCUACUUCAGAUGCCGUCCUUGUCGCCCAAGGAUCUGUUGGAGAGCGGCGAGGAGAAGGAGCGCAAGGCGCAGACGUCGGCCAAGGUGCAACAGGAGAUUGAAAAGUUAAAACAGACGCUCAGUCAGAGAAAGAUCCUCAAGGACUUGCCGGGCGAGGUGGAAUCAGCGAGACAAGAUGUCAUUUCUUGCCUACGGAUAAACGACCGGAAGCCACUCGACUGCUGGAAAGAGGUGGAGAUAUUCAAGCGGGCCGUACGGAAAAUGGAAGAGAGUUAUGUUUCGUCUGUACUAUGAUGUGGUUCUUCUUGUGUGUGUGCCAUGUCGCGAGAGCAGGAGGACUGUGGGAGAAGGUCGAACCCCUUCCAAAAAAAACCGAUUGUAUAUACCUAGAGAAAGCCAUGCGUGGAUAUGGAUACGAUUAUUGCUUCCUUUGAAC